GUCAGACAGCGCUUUACUCCACACAGCUCCCACGUUUGUCUCAUGUUAAUGACGUCAGUGUCAAGAUGGCCGCUCUCAGUGAGCACUUCACGUUGUGCGGACUUCUUACCGGGACCGAUGACGGAAAAAGCGAGAUACUUGGGGUGGAACCAGCAGGGGAGCCAGACAGGGUGUUGGUGACGGACUCUGUACAGGCUGUAACUUUGUAUAAGGUCUCUGAUCAGAAGCCACAAGGAGCAUGGGCAGUAAAACAAGGACAAAGCAUUACCUGCCCAGCUGUAUUGAAUCCUGAAUCUGGAGAAUUUAUUGUUGUUCAUGAUGACAAGGUUUUAAGAAUAUGGAAAGAAGAUAAUGUGAAUUUGGAUAUUGCUUUUAAAGCCACACUUUCCGCUGAUGUCUGUCGAAUCCAUACUCUCCCUAAUACCGAUCCACUUGUGCUGUUCAAAGGAGGAGCCGUCCACUUCUUAGACUCUUUACUCACUGACCCCCAGCAGAAAAUUGGAACUGUUCUUUCAGAUGGAGAGAGGAUUGUGUGGUCAGAGAUCUUUGCAGAUGAUGGACAGCCUCUCAUAGUCUAUCUUACACAGCAGUUCUCCAAUUAUUUUGUGUACAUUCACAAGUUCAGUCCAGUUUGUGUUUGUAAAUAUCAUCUUAAACCAAACACAGAAGAUUCCACUAUCCUGGACUGUUCCGGGUCUGUGAAAAGUAAAAUAUUCACUCUUCUUACUUUGUACUCUAGUGGGCAAGUUUGCCAGACUCCAUUCCCAGUGUCACUCAUUAACAAGGAAACAGAGAGGGUUGUUUCAGCAUCACCGCUUUUGCAACUGUCUGGACCAAUAGAAGUGGGAGCACUAAACUUCCUUGAUGAGUCGCAUGUAGCUGUGCUCAUUUCAUCUUCAUCCGAACAGAAAGAAUGCCUCUCCAUAUGGAACACAACAUUUCAGACAUUGCAGGCUGCUCGCAACUUCCAACAGAGGACAAGUGCACAGCUAUGGUGUUACGACAAUAAACUGUUUGUGCCCCACGGGAAGACCCUGGUAGUGGUUCCAUAUGUUUGUGAAGCAUCCUGCUUGGCAUCUGUUCUCGGAAAAAGCAGAAACAUCCAAACAUCAGUUUUAGAAAAUGUUCCUUUUGUAAAUUGGGACAAGCUUGUAGGAAAGGAUCCAGAAACCAAACCAUCCAACGCUGGUGCCCAGAAAAAAGUGUUGCAGCUUUCAGAGAGGGGAGCAACCAGGGAGAGAAAAACAAAUGCAAAUGCAGGAAACGGCACAGAAAGCAUAUUGUACCCCUUUGAUGUCCAGAAUAUUUCUCAAACACAGACUGAAGCCUUUGUGCAGCAACUACUCCUGGGCAAAGAAGAUACCGAUUUCCAGAUCACUGUUGGCAAAAUAACCCAAGGCUUGGUAAAGUGGUGUAUGGCUGAUCCCAAGUUUUAUCCACAGAGUUCUUUUGUUCAGCUUGUUCAGACCAACACUCUGUCCUACAGUCUGUGUCCAGAUUUAUUGUCACUCUUUCUGGAGAAGAGAGAUGUACCCCUACUUCAGCUUUGCUUGCAUUCUUUUCCUGAUGUCCCAGAAGUCAUUCUCUGCUCGUGCCUUAAGGCCUUUUUAAGUAUCAGUGAGAAAUUGGUGAAUGCUGCACAAAUUAACACAGAGUUGGCCUCCUUAUAUAUUGAUGUGGGAGAUAAGGACAAAGAACACAAAUAUACGGAGCACCCAGAAGAACCCAGUGUGCUACAGAAUGGAUUCAGCCCAACUGCUUUGGAAGAAGACAGCUGUGAUGAACUAAUAGCAGAGAGUUUGCCACAAACCACUCAAAAGGCAACUUGCCCAAUAAGCAUAAAAAGAGCUGUACUAGUAAACUCCAUUCUGAUAUCUCCUUACAACGAGAGCUUUCUUCUGCCGCAUCUCAAGGAUAUGUCAGGUGACCAAGUGAUGUUUUUUCUUAGGUAUUUGCUGUACUUGUAUCUGAAGUUCAAUGAAAAUAUUACAAUAAACCAUCCAGGAAAGCAAAUGCCCACUGUCAGCCAGAUUGUGGACUGGAUGAGCAUGUUAUUGGAUGCGCAUUUUGCCACUGUGGUGAUGCUGUCCGAUGCCAAGGCACUGCUGAACAAAAUUCAAAAGACAGUAAAAAGCCAGCUGAAGUUUUAUUCAGAAAUGAACAAGAUCGAGGGCUGUUUAGCAGAGCUGAAGGAACUGAAGUGCCCUGCAAGAGUCUCCGCCAGAUAUUCUAUAGAAGUGCUCCAACUCUACUGAAAUAUAUUUUCUGGGAUUUUCACAUCUCGUGCUUUACACCCGCUGCUCUGUUAUUCUAGCCAGUUGCUCUGAUUUGGUGGCCUUCCUGCAGCACACAUGUAAAUGUCACAAUGAACUCCGGUCCGGCACUUUGCGUCAUGUUCAGUUGAUAAAGAGAUGACUGCUGCAUGUGUGUUUGUGUUGUACUGCAAUGCCCCUAAAGAAGCCCCCAGCAAGCCCAGAGCUCCGCUGCAGCUCCUGUAUCCUAAUAUCCUGUAGAUUAUAUCCUUAUAAUCUGUGUUUAAGGGUUUAAUUUCUAUCAUAUGACUAACUGAGACUUGUGUAUUAUAAUCAAUAAUGUACUUCAUGUUGUUAAAUAUGAGAGAUAUUAGCAAUGUCACCUUGCACUUGUUUCUCCUACCUCCUCUAUUUUACUGACGGACAUCGACCAUGAGUAAUCCUACCUAGGUAAUCAGUGGAAGCGUAAAUAUGGCAAUUUUGUUUAUGUAUUUUCCUUUUAUGUAUGUAAUUAAACUUUAUUUUCUUGUUUGUUGGAAAUAAAUAAACAGAACUUGGAAAAAAAAAAAAUAUGAGAGAUAUUAGAAAUCACCUCGACGUUCCAUGGAUUCUGUCACUGGAAACAUGUUUUUUUCAUAACACAUCAGUUAAUUGUGCUGCUGCAGCCAAAUUCUGCAUUCAAAUCUGUUUUUAACAGAGCAAACAGAUGUUUUAUAAUUACAUUUGAAAUGUGACAUGGGGCUAGACAUGUUAGUUUCCCUGGUGCCCUGAGUCAUAUGACUUGUGCUCUAAUAAACUUCAGCCACUCUACUGCUAUACUGCAAGUUAAGGCCCCCAUACACGAGCUGAUAUAAGCUGUGAAAUGUUGAUUGGGUAGGUUUAAAAAUCCAAUCGGAUCAAGGAACUCAUCAGUUUGUUGAUGCGGUCCUUGAGCUGACUCCAUAUUCUCCUCAUUUUGAUCCACUUGCGAUCAGAUCUGCCCGAUAUCACCCACCUCAAGGAAGAAAAGCGGACUAUCAUUUUGCUCUGAAAUUAGCAGAGUGUGUUUGUGCCAGAGCCGACACAAUAAUUCCAGAUGCAAAAGGAAGAGGAGGCUAUUGGCCUCAUAGGAGCAGAUUUCCGCUCCCAUAUGGCACUAGGCUAAGUUGGUGAAACUAUAGCUCAAGGGUAGCCUAUGAUUAUAAGUGCCCCCUUAGGCACGAAACACCUAAGGCUUUUGUUAUUGUGUAUGGACAAAAUAAACUAAGUGCUUUUAUUUUAAA